GACAUUAGCAAGGUCAACAUUCUGAGCGAGCAUACGGGUAAGGUUUGGUACGACGGUCUUGUAGGUGGAAUCAGACAUCUCGAACAUGGACAGCUCCCCGAAGGAGCCAGAUUUGGAUUUGAGAUAUCUACAUUUGUCAUCUAUGUCCAGAAAUAUUUGCCCUGGCUUCAAGCAAAGUUGACAAUGGUUGGUGUCGAAAUUCAUAGAGCGAUUAUUGACGAUAUUGCGGAUAUUCCUAAACGGUUUCCGAACGUUUCCGCCAUAUUCAAUUGCACAGGUCUUGGGGCAUUCUCGUUAGGAGGAGUGAAAGAUACAAACGUUUAUCCUGCAAAGGGACAAAUUUAUCUCGUGGAAGCCCCGCGUGGAGGAAUUUCGAAGAUGUCCUUUCGGUCCGGUGAGCGACUCGGAAGUAACAGCACUCACGUCUUCCCAAGAGGAAGAGAUGGUGGCGUAAUUCUUGGCGGAUGCCGUUUCAAUGGUGAUUGGAGUGAAAAUUUUGAUCCAGAAAUCGGAGAAGGUAUUAAGAAGCGCUGUUGUGCCUUAGUUCCUGAGUUGGGGAAGCCCGAGGAUCUACGGAUUCUGAAGCAAGGAGUUGGGCUCCGGGCUUCGAGGAAAGGCGGUGCCCGGAUUGAGAAGGAGAGAAAGAAUGGCACGACUGUCAUACACAAUUAUGGAGCUGGAGGGGCUGGCUAUCAGGCAUCCUGGGGAAUGGCAAGGGCAGCGGUGGACCUUCUCUUUCCGACGGCAAUGUUGUAG